GGCCCCAAGGCCAAGACCAGAGCCCUGCCGGGCACACCAUCGGGGCCAGGGGCCGUUUUGCGCCCACGAAGCCGCAGAAGUGCGGCUCCCAUCUCACCCUCGGAUACCAGAGGCACCUCCUCGGUGGUUUCCGGCUCAGGCACCGGUGGGAUAACGCCAGUUGGGGCCUAUUGAUAAACUCCAGCAGGCGGCUUGGCGUAGAGAUGGAUAUGGCAACCAAGGAAGCCAAUGAAAUGCUCCUCAAAGGGAAGGAGGCAUUAGAAUGCGCCGGUAACAUGAAGAGGGAGUGCAAGCAGACGGCACUCGAGUGCUUGCAGUCCCUCUACGAAAUGGUACUGGCACUAUCGGACUCCAGGUCCCGACAUAAAUAUAACCUGGAGAAGGAGCGCACUCGCAGCGCACAAGAACUAAUGCGAGUAGAGCGCGCCCACACCAAGACCGUGACGGGGCUGAUAAAAGAACUGGCCUCAGAUCUGGAUAGUGCCAGAAAAGAAAUCAAGAAUACCUUGACGGAAGCCAAAAACAUACGCAGUUGGCUGGACUUUGAAACCCAGGAGCCAUUCAGGAAAAUCAGUGAGAUCCAGGGUGGACUCAAAGAGCAGGAAAAGCGGAUCAAAGCCCUCCAGGACUUCGCUAAAGAUGACGCAGCGGCCAAGAACUCCGCAAACAUUUCCUCUCUACAAGGCAAGGUGGAGAUCUUAUCGAAUAAUACAAAUGAGAUGCGCUCCACCUUGCAAAAAAUGUGCGAAAAGACCUUUGCACAAAUAGAGUCCAGCCACAAGACCCUAAAGCGUAUGGAGAAGGCGCUUCCUUCCCCAACUAAUGACGGCAUAACUGAAAUUGCGAACCUCAGGAAGCUAGUGGAGGAAGUAAAAGAUCAGGCAAAACAACAGCAAGCCAUUGAUCCCACAGCAGCUUCCAUAAAUGAGGAAGUGCUGAACAGGAAAAUUAAUCCCCUUCAGGAAAAAAUUGAAAUAAUGUGCUCGGAGCUUAGGACGUUAAGGGAACACCGAAAUAGAUCUUCGGAUCACACGGCCGUCAACCUGGCGACGGAAAUGGGAAUAGCCACCAAACCUGAAGGCAAACCGAAGCCUUCUUACGCCAGAGUGGCGGCCACUCCACCACCUCCAAAAAACCCAACCACACGCUUA